AUGUCACAGCAGCCCCAUCCGAGUCACACCAGGCCUGAUGUCUUGGAAGGUCAUUUGAGCAGUCAGGAUAGGACACUGGCUGUGCUGCUGGAGCAGGCGUUCAGGAUCAAAGAGGAGGUGGCAGCAGGUCUGCAGUCCGGCCGUGGCUCUGUCCAAGUGGAGGCAGUUUCCCGCAAGCUCCUGGAGAAUCACAUACUCACCAUCACACGUAUUGUGCAACAGCUCAGCGUGGAUAUUCAGACACUGGAGAGACAGAUCGCCCAGCGGGACUCCGUUACCUCUGGAACCACACUAGCUGUUCAAAAGCUGGAGCAGAAAAACAUGGCUGGCAUUGGAGACCUGAGAGGAAGAGUAGCCAGGUGUGAUGCCAGCAUCGCCAAACUGAGCGCUGACGUGAGCUCUGGAGAGCAGCAGGUGAUUAAACUGCAGAAGGAGGUUGCAGAGCUCAGGGCAGCCGUGGGUGUACAGCUCAAAGAGCUGGAAGUCAAGUUUGAUCGUGACCAUAGGAGACAGGAGGCUUCAUUGACAAAGCACUCCAAGAGCCAAAGGAGCUCAGUAUCUGAUCUGUAUAGACGAGUUAAACUACUAGAAGACAGGAUGUCAGGUGAGCUAAAGAAAGCCAAGGAGCAAACAGAUACGCUGAGGAAGUGGACAGAACAACAGCUCAACAGCUCUGUCCAGAUACAUGCACAGAGCAGCCAGCAGCUCCGCUCACUGUCAGAGGACAAAAUGUUAGAGCUAGAGUCUAGAUUAGCCAAUCGUCUGCUUGCCCUGGAGAUGCUUGUAGAACAGUUUGAGAAGCAGCAGAGAAAAGCCGACCAAAGCCAGUCUGAUCAGCUGAAACGCUCCGAAGCCAAAGUCAGUAGAAGAAUGACCUCAGUGGAGGACAGCGUUCACCAGGAGCUGCAGCUGCUCAAACAGGACUACCACAGAGGCUUCCUGUCUAUGUGUGAUGCAAUUGAGUCCCUGAGGCAGAUAAGUGACAUCAAAUCUCGCCUCGACAAGGAGAAGCUUCAGAAGGAUAUCAGGCACAUCAGCAGCAAGGUGACAGAGCUCAAUGACGCGUGA